UUUUUCUCCUUUUCCCAGCCGGGACUUUAGAGGCUAAAACAGAUAUGUCCACGCGGCCUUCAAGGAUUUUCUCACUAACCGAACAAACAAUGAGAAAUUUUUCAUCUUUCCCUCCGACCAGGAACCUAUCUUCUUCUGCUGUUUCCAUGUUCCAUUCACGAACAAAAGCAAUUAAUCACACACUGUCACACCUAUUUCGCCAUUUUAUUGAAUACAAACCUUCUCAACGAUACCACACUUUUAGCCCCAAAAGACCCGCCGCCGAAUCUCGCCGUGAGCCACCUCAUAGAUCCACCUCAAGGCUUCGCAAACGCAUUCCUUUCCUCGCCGAUCUGAAAUCUGUGCAAGACCCAGAUGACGCCUUGUCUCUCUUCAAUCAAUACCAACAAAUGGGCUUCAAACACGACUAUCCCUCCUACUCUGCCCUCGUAUACAAACUCGCUCGUUCUCGCAAUUUCGAAGCUGUUGAAACCCUUCUUGAUUACUUACAGAAUAUUAACAUUCGAUGUAGAGAGACGCUUUUUAUUGCCUUGAUUCAGCAUUAUGGGAAAUCCCAAAUGCCUGAAAAGGCCAUUGAACUGUUUCAGAGAAUGCCUUCUUUCAAUUGCCACCGAACAUUACAGUCUUUCAAUACCCUUCUUAAUGUACUUGUUGAGAAUGAUCGAUUUCUGGAUGCAAUUGGCAUAUUUGAUCGCUCAAAAAAAAUGGGCUUUCGGAGGAAUUCAAUUUCAUUUAAUAUAAUAAUAAAAGGAUGGCUUGGAAAGGGGGAGUGGGAUAAAGCGUGGCAAGUGUUUGAGGAAAUGAUUGACAAAGAAGUUAAGCCCACUGUUGUGACUUUUAACAGUCUAAUUGGGUUUUUGUGUGGAAAGGGUGAUUUGGAUGGGGCUAUGGGUUUGCUUGAGGACAUGAUUCAGAAAAGGCACCGCCCGAAUGCUGUUACAUAUGCACUGUUAAUGGAAGGUUUGUGCUCUUUAGGCAAGUAUAAGGAAGCUAAGAAGAUGAUGUUUGAUAUGGACUAUCAGGGAUGCAAACCACGCCUUUUAAAUUUUGGGGUUUUGAUGAGUGAUCUUGGAAGGAGGGGUAGGAUUGAUGACGCAAAAAUUUUGCUUCUUGAGAUGAAGAGAAGGCGGUUUAAACCAGAUGUUGUGACGUAUAAUAUAUUGAUAAAUUAUUUGUGUAAAGAAGGUAGAGCUCUGGAGGCUUAUAAAGUCUUUGUUGAAAUGCAGGUUGGAGGUUGUGAACCAAACGCAGCCACAUAUCGGAUGAUGGUUGAUGGGUUUUGCCAGGUUGAGGAUUUUGAGGGAGGCUUGAAGGUUUUGAGUGCAAUGUUAAUGUGUGGCCAUUGCCCACGUUUAGAAUCAUUUUGUGAUUUGGUUGUGGGAUUAUUGAAGAAUGGGAAGAUUGAUGGUGCAUGCUUUGUUUUGGAGGAGAUGGAGAAAAGGAAGAUGAGAUUUCAUUUGGAGGCUUGGGAGGCUUUGGUUAAGGAUGCCUGUCCUGGAGACAGAGGUGCAGGGGGGCUUGUAAGGGAACUGGUCUCUGCCUACGGAUAGGUCUGGAGGAAGAGAUGCAGAAGCUUGAAGAUCAUUCUGAUAUUUUGUAACUUUUGAGGGAUUACUGAAUCUCAAUAUUCUAAUUUUCAGAAUACUAAAUUCAAUGAAGUCGUUGCCACUGAACCAGGCAUGAUGUUACCAGAUUGCAGUGGCUGUUAAAUCCUUUGACAAAUUUUUAUCAAGGGGAUAAUGGCACAAAUUUUCACACGCAAGUGGGACGUUCAGAUUAGUGGCAAGAAGAAUGAUGGUGACGACUCAUGGCAGUUUUGAACUCCUACUGUAGACUCAAAUUGUUGGAUCCACACAGAUGAAGACGAGAAGUUGCGAAAAAUGUGUGCGAGUGGUCCUGGGGAAUGAUCUACCCCUCGUGCAAACAUAGUUGUGGAGUCUAGAAACUGCUGAAUCAAGAGUGUGCCAUCUUGUCCUCCAGGCACUGAAGUGAUAUUCCAAGCCUUAGUGAGGCAUUGAGUUCUGAAGCAGUGGUUUUUCAGGAUGUAUCAAUUUUGGCAUCUUAAAUUUUGAGUAUCCCUCUUACCCAGUUGAUAUUGAGAAGACAAUGGCUUAGGUUUCUGAGUUCUAAC